AUGGGUGAUUUGAACUGUGAUAUCUUGAAAUCUCCUUGUGAGUCUUAUACUCGCAAGCUACAGUUCCUUUCAUCACUUUAUCAGUUCGAUCAGCUUAUUGAUGAACCCACAAGGAUUACUGGAACAUCAGCAACUCUAAUUGAUCUAAUUCUGACAAAUAAAGAGGAAAAUAUUUCAAAGUCUGGUGUCAUACACCUUGGACUUUCUGAUCACAGUAUGAUUUUCGCUAUUAGAAAACAUUGUAUUCCCAAAUCACGGGAAAAGGUUAAACAUAUUCGUAACUUUAAAAAUUUCAAUUCCAAUGAUUUUCUUACGGAUCUUUCACAGAUGCCGUGGGAGAACAUUGCCCAACAUGACAAUUCUAAUGUAUGCUGGCAGGUAUGGAAAUCACUAUACCUCCAGGUCCUUGAUCGACACGCUUCCCUUAGACGUAUGAGAACUCGUGGAAAUUCUCUCCCUUGGAUUUCUUCAGACAUCAAGGGUAUAAUGAAAUCAAGAGACUUCCACAAAAUAAAAGCGGUUAGACAUAAUUCUCAAAGUCAUUGGACAAAAUAUAAGGAAUUACGAAACAAAGUUAAUGCUGAACUAAUUAAAGCUAAAAGAAACUAUUUCUGCAAUAAAAUAGAAGAUUGUGCUCAGUCCAAAGACAUAAAGCAAAGUUGGAAUUUAAUUAACCACUGCAUGGGUAAAAAUGUGAAAUCAAACACGAUAUCCCAACUUAAAACGGAUAAUUCUGUCAUUUCAGACGACAAAUUGAAAUCUGAGGCUUUUAAUGAUUUCUUUGUCGAUAUCGGGGCAAAACUUGCAGCUGAAAUUGAAGAUAAUUCCCUCAACACAAAUUCUUUUGCUCGCGGAGAUUCUAGGCCUACUACCGACUCCAAUCUUUUUUUCAAAUUUUCUGAAAUUAACGAGGACGAAGUAAUAUAUCAAUUGCGUAGUCUCAAAAUUUCAAAAUCCACAGGAUUAGAUAAAAUCCCUGCUAAAGCUCUUAAAAUAUCCGCGGACAUUGUUGGUCCGCCAUUAACUUGGAUAUUUAACCUUUCAAUCAAAAAAGGAGAAUAUGUGGAUGAAUGGAAAAAAGCCUGGGUUACACCCAUUUAUAAAUCUGAUGACAGGUUGAAAUGCGAGAAUUAUCGCCCUAUCUCGAUACUACCCAUUGUUAGUAAAAUACUUGAGAGAUGCGUUUUUAAUCAAAUUUAUAAAUUUCUUAAUGACAAUUCACUUCUUUCAAAACAUCAACAUGGUUUUCGGCCUAAACAUUAA